AGGACCCCCCAUCCUUGCCCCUGUGUCCCAGGGACCCCCCCCACAGCUGCUCCCUCUCCCCCCGCAGGUGGGAUCUGCCCCCUGGAGGAGCUGUGUGACGUGGCCCAUGCGCACGGCGCCCUCACCUUUGUGGACGAGGUUCACGCCGUGGGGCUAUACGGCGCCCGUGGGGCCGGCAUCGCGGAGCGCGACGGGGUGCUGGGCAAGGUCGACAUCGUCUCCGGCACCUUGGGGAAGGCCUUCGGCUGCGUUGGGGGGUACAUCGCCAGCACGGCGGCGCUGGUGGACACGGUUCGCUCCUAUGCGGCCGGCUUCAUCUUCACCACCUCGCUGCCCCCCCCGGUGCUGGCCGGCGCCCUGGCCUCACUGCGGGUGCUGGCUGGGCCUGAGGGCCGGAGGCUGCGCCGGGCCCACCAGCGCAACGUCAAGCACAUGCGGCAGCUGCUGAUGGAUGCUGGGCUGCCCCUCGUCAGCUGCCCCAGCCACAUCAUCCCCAUCCGGGUACGGCCGGACGCCUGGGUCCUCAGGGUGGGGGGCUUGAGCAGGGGGAGCUGGGAGCCAGGACUCCUGAGUUCUCCCCG